UACGAGACCCUACCCCCUUCGUCUUGGCCAGGCAUGCAGUUUGCGACUACUCUCCACAAGUUUGCGGUUCUGAAGGAACAUGCCAACCAGUUUCUCAAUGGAGAGGUUGUGGGAUCGUGGUUUAACCCUUGGCAGAUUGAGAACAACUAUACCAAUCCUUAUAAAGUGGUACGCAUCGCAUCGGCCGCGAGGCAGUUCAUGACAGAACUAGCUGCUCUCCAAUCAGAUCUAGCCCUUGGCAUCAGUACCAUCACCGGCAAGCGAAGCUCAGAGGAGUGGAUGAAGACAUACGUGAGCCCCAUCAUGAUCAGGAUAUCGGAUCUCGUGAAGGAAGCCGAAGCCAGAAGUAAUUCCGAACCGAGCGUCAGUCCGUCGAACAAUUUGUACUUGUGGAAUAAUAACGUGCAGUGAAUUUAUGGUUUGUAAGGGUCUACUCAUCAUGAUUUAAUGAGGGCAAUCGUUAGAUUAGACAGUAGCGCUGAAGCGGUAGGAGGACUAUCGCAUUUGAACUCAUCAGGAUGGCGCCACUGUAGAGUAGGCUCAUGUCAAUCGACAGUAGUGCCAACUGUUAAGUAUAAAAAUGAUAGCCCUCCAUUUUAGCGCUGUCAUCGGCCA